AGUUGUCGCUUUUACGCCUAAAUAGGUCGGCAAACGAAUCGAAUUUAAGACGUGAUUAUACAUGUAUUAGAAUUAAGUAAAUUACAAUAUGGACUACUAAAUGCAAAAAUAAUGUUGUCGCCAAUAUUUAUUUAUGGUUCAGCUUUACUUCUCGCGUCGUGGCAUUUCGUGGAGGGGCAGCACGGAGAGAAGCACACACUUGUUAAACGAGGAGCAGCAGCAUCUAACUGCUGGCACUUGUGCCCCGGCGGCGAUUGGAAUUGUCCUUACGGUUCGUGCAUUUAUUGUCCUACUGGUUGGACCGGUCAAUACUGCACAGUAAUAGACUGUGCUUGGUCUGGAUAUUGUAACGACCGUGGAACUUGUGUGCCAACAUCUUCCAAUACCGACUAUACGUGCAGCAAUUGCGCUUCAGGUAUGAAAGGAAAGAGCUGCCAUCUCGUGGACUGCAGCAGUAAAGUGUAUUGCUACAAUGGUGGUACUUGUAUGGGCGAUGUCAACGGUGGAACAGACUAUCGGUGUAUCUAAGAGGAGGGAUGGAUAGGGAAGGACUGCCAAUUUAUCAAUUGUUCCAGUCCAAUCCGCUGCAUGAACGAAGGAAAGUGUCAUUUACAAAACGGUGGUAAGGAGUUCAACUGUACAUGUGCAGAUGGAUACUUGGGGGACAACUGUCAAAUAGACAUGUGUUCGCCUUACAAAAUUGCCGAUAUAGUGUUUAUAAUGGAUGUCUCUGUAAGUCAAAAUGAAACAACCUUUGUCGAACAGAAGAACUUCGUAAAAUACUUUAUUGCUCAGUUCCCACUUGGUCCAGACCACUUUCAAUUCAGCUUAAUUUUGUACGCAAGUGAGCCCCAUGCGGUUUUCAACCUAAGCAACAUGUAUGACAACUACACAAUCAUAGACGCUGUAGACAAUGCUACAAUCCCCGAUGAUAAACGCGGGGCUACUUUUACCGGAAAAGCAUUGGCCUUUGUGAAAGACAACUCGUUCGCAACGACCAACGGUGGGCGCGCAGACGUGGAUAGAUACGUUAUUCUUCUGACUGACGGCAUGUCAAGCGCAUCACUGGACACUGCAAACCAAGCAAAGUUGUUGCGCUUAUCCUAUCCAAACGUACGAAUUAAAAGCAUUGGGUCCGGAGAUAUUGUGUUUCACACGGAGCUUCUGGAAAUUAGCACCUACCCUCUGAAUGUGUUCCCCCUGCAUGGUAACGACUCGGUUCGGAGUGUCCAGAAAUCAACCAUGUAUGGAUGCGAACGAUGCACAACAGCCUAUUCGGACGUUGUAUUGGCCUUUGACGUUUCCUCCUUCAAUUAUGGUCAACUGGACACAAUGCUCAAAACGGCAGAGGUGCUGAUCGCAAAUCUCCACACGGACGUUAACCAGACCAGGGUCGGUCUGUCCAAAUACGAAAGUAUUGCCGAGGAAGUUUUUGAGUUCGACGAGUACACGACAAGUAAUGAGAUGAUAUCCGUUAUGAACAAACAUAUCAUGAAAAGCGAAACGUGCAUGAAAGAUAAACAAUGUUCGAGUAGAGAUAUAAGUUCUUUGUUGCAGGAUGUUUUGCGUGAAUUUCAGAAGAAUUCCGAGAAGUCUAGGCGUAAAGCUGUUGUGAUAUUUUCCCAAUUUAUAUUUGACAAGGACAUUGCUGGACGUGUUGUUCUGGAAAUUCAGAAUCUGAAAGACAAUGGUGUGAGUGUCAUUGUAGUUGGAGAAGGACUCGAGGCCAAUAUUGAUAAAAUGUUAAAGCUAUCAACUACUUCUUUCUUUACAUUUAUUAUUGGGGAAGAUUUUAACACCCCCAUUGAUGCCAUUUUAGCACUGAUGUCGACACUGGAGUACAACAUUUGUUUUGUUCAAUAAGAAGAGAUAAUGUUACUGCUACAUAUUUAUGUUGUAAAAAAAUAUCAACACAUUUGCGUUGAGGCUUAACCAUAAACUUAGUUUUGUUUACAAUUAAUACGUGAUAAUGUACAGGUUGAAUGUUAUUUGUAUGCAUUUUAUUUCAGACAAUGCCGUUUCAUAUUUUAAGAUAUAUACUUACAAAUCUUAAUUUGGAUAAAUAUGCUUGUGUC